AUGGGGUUUGCCGAUUAUUUUAAAGGCUCCAAGCCUGAAGAGAGCCCUGAAGUUGACAGGGAAGCAAGCGACUCGGAAGCGUCCAUUAUUCACGAUGGAGGGCUCGCGUACACACGUGUCCAAGGAGGCAACGGGUCCAAACCGUCUUACCAGGAGGCCGUCGGUGCUCCUGUUGAGGCCAAGUCCCCCUUGGGGUAUCACGUCAACUGGAUAACCGUCAUCUUCUUGAAUAUCAACAUGAUGAUUGGCACUGGUAUCUUCUCAACGCCCGCGAGUAUCUUGAACAGAGCGGGAUCUGUUGGUCUGGCCCUUUUCAUUUGGGUAAUUGGCUUCCUCAUGGCUGCCGCUGGCUUCAGCGUCUACCUCGAACUGGCCAGCUAUUUCCCCAACCGCAGCGGCUCCGAAGUCGUCUACCUGGAACAGGCAUACCCCCGACCGAAACACUUCUUCCCGGUUACGUUUGCGAUCCAGUCUGUGCUGCUGUCGUUCAGCAGUAGCAACGCAGUCGUCCUGUCCCGAUACCUAUGGAGAAUGACCGGCUCGACUCCCACGGAAUGGCAAAUGAGAGGUGUAGCUAUUGCUGCAUACACACUUGCUGUUGUUUUCGUCAUUGCACACAACAAAUACUCGCUUUGGCUGUCUAACUUUAUCGGUGUCCUCAAACUCCUGACAUUGAUCUUCAUAAGCAUCGCCGGCUUGGUCGUCCUGGGCGGCCAUGUAGAUCGAAUUCCGGACCCGAAAGCCAACUUCCGCAACGCAUUUGAAGGAGAUACACCAAACGGCAAUGAUCUCGCUAGUGCUUUUGUCAGCAUCGUCUUCUCUUAUGCUGGAUACUGGAACUCGUUCAAUGUGGUCAACGAGAUCAAAAACCCAAUCCCCACCUUGAAGCGAAAUGGCGCCGUUUCUUUGGGUGUGGUCGCGAUUCUAUACAUAUUGUGCAACAUUGCCUAUUUUGCAGUGGUCCCUAAGGCAGAAUUCAAAGAGGCCAGUGAGAUUGCCGCUUCUGUUUUCUUCAGCAAGCUCUUCGGAGACAGCAAGGCGGCAGCCAACGUCCUCAACUUUCUUGUGUUGCUCAGCUCCUUCGGCAAUCUUCUCGCCGUCUUGAUCGGCUCCUCGCGAAUGCUUCGAGAAAUCGGGAGACAAGGCGUUCUCCCUUGGACCAACUUCUGGGUGUCCACAAAGCCAUUCAACACUCCCCUAGGCCCCUACCUCUUGAAAUGGGUAUUGACAUUUAUCAUGAUUGUCGCGCCUCCUGCCGGUGACGCCUUUACUUUUGUUGUCAGCUUAAACACCUACCCCUCGGCCCUCUUCAAUCUUGCCAUGGCUUUCGGAGUCUAUAUCCUUCGCCGCCGCCGCAAGCGUUCCGGGGUUGGCCGAUCUGGCUUCAGAGCGUGGCACGUCGCUGUCAUCUUCUACAAUGCCAUCCAAGUCUUCAUCCUCGCUAUGCCCUGGUGGCCACCGAAGGGCGGAGCCUAUGCCGGGGACGUGAGUUUCUGGUACGCUACGUACUGCGUUGUUGGUAUUGCCAUCAUCAUUGUGUGCGGUCUGUACUACGUGUUUUGGAUGUAUUUACUCCCGAAAUGGAGAGGAUACGAAGUUCGAACUGAGACUGUAAGCGUCGAUGACAAUGGAGCCAAUACUCAUCGUAUUGUCAAGGUCCCAAAGAGUGAAGUGGCCAGGUGGGACGAGGAACACGACGAAGCGGGCAACCUUCGACAUCGCGGCAAUGUCCCCCAUUUGGUUGAGUCGGUUUCGGUCAAGACCUAUCAAUAGGGGAGAAAGCUGAGAGAAAGCCGGGUCGGCUUAUAUUCAGUUCUAAUUCGUUUCUUAUGCGGUAGUCCGCCACCAUCCGUUUGUGUGACGUGGCCAAAAUGGUUCGCUUCGGC